GGAGAGCAAGUGGGCCGUGCUGGGCACCCUCAUCCAGGAGUACGGGCUGCUCCAGCGGCGCCUGGAGAACAUGGAGAACCUGCUGAAGAACAGGAACUUCUGGAUCCUGCGGCUGCCCCCGGGCAGGAAGGGGGAAGUCCCCAAGGUGCCGGUGACGUUUGACGACGUGUCUGUCUAUUUCAACGACAAGGAAUGGGAGAAGCUGGAGGAGUGGCAGAAGGAGCUGUACAAGAAUGUGAUGAAGGGGAACUACGAGUCGCUGAUCUCCCUGGACUAUGCAAUUUCCAAACCUGGUGUUUUGUCUCAGAUCGAGCAAGGAGAGGAAUCGCGGGUCAGGAAUGAGCAGGACUUGGAGGAGAGCGAGAUCAUUACCGAUGCCACCGCAGCUGGUAUAAGGGUUGUGAUCAAAACGGAGGAGCUCCUUCCUGAAGACAGCCCUGAAAACCCCGAGCUGCACGGGAUGUCGGGGCAGUCGGAGGGGAGCUUCCAGAGUCCGGACGAGGAGGCAGCCUGCGAGAGCCCCUACGGCUCCGUCUCCCCUCCGAGGGACCUCCCAGGAACCAGCCUGGGUGACUCGUCCGAAUACGUAGCUGACUUCAACGAGAUCCAGAGAGUGAUCGUUCACCACGGGAGCUGCACAGAGGACGGGAUCGUGAUCAAGACGGAGGAGGAGGAGGAGGACGACCCUGACACCCUGGAGCCGUGCGCCAUGUUCUCGGGCAGGACCGAGCCGCCGGCGUUCCCCAGCCACGAGGCCGGGCUGGGCUGCGAGGCGCAGUGCAGCUCCAAAACGCAGCCCAGGAGCCUGGCGGCCGCCCGCGUGGGGAAGCCCCCCACCUGCGAGAGGGACUCCGGGGAGAUGAAGCCGGCCAUCGCCCAGCAGCGGAACCGGACGAGGGAGAGACCCUACAUCUGCCCAGAGUGCGGGAAGAGCUUCAUGCUCAAGAUCAACUUCAUGAUCCACCAGCGCAACCACCUCAAGGAAGGGCCCUACGAGUGCCACGACUGCGACCUCAGCUUCCGCAACAAGCAGCAGUUCCUGCUGCACCAGCGCAGCCACACACGCCGGGGCGUGGGGGUCCCCCGGCGCCCCGAGCACGGCCUCAAGCCCCAGCCGCGGCCCCCACCCCCAGGGAAGCCCUACAAGUGCUCCGAGUGCGAGAGCAGCUUCAGCCACAAGUCGAGCCUCAGCAAACACCAGAUCACCCACGUCGGGGAGCGGCCCUUCACCUGCGGCGAGUGCCGGAGGAGCUUCCGCUUGCAGAUCAGCCUCAUCAUGCACCAGAGGAUCCACGCCGGCAAGAGCGAGAUGGCCUUCCUCUGCCCCCAGUGCGGGAAGAACUUCACCCGGCCCUCCCACCUCCUGCGGCACCAGCGGACUCACACCGGCGAGCGGCCCUACCAGUGCAGCCAGUGCGAGAAGACCUUCAGCGAGAAGUCCAAGCUCACCAACCAUUACCGCAUCCACACCCGGGAGCGCCCGCACGCCUGCGCCGUCUGUGGGAAGGGUUUCAUUCGCAAGCACCAUCUCCUGGAGCACCAGCGCAUCCACACGGGCGAGCGGCCCUACCACUGCACCGAGUGCGGCAAGAACUUCACCCAGAAGCAUCACCUCCUGGAGCACCAGCGGGCGCACACCGGCGAGCGGCCCUACCCCUGCACCGAGUGCACCAAGUGCUUCCGCUACAAGCAGUCCCUCAAGUACCACCUGAGGACACACAUGGGAGAGUGA